AUGGUCUCCGACAUUCCGACAGUAAUUGAAGAAAAUAAGAGUUUACGAGCGCUGAAUACGGUUCCUCCUUACAGAAGGCAAAACACUAAGCUCGCUGAUAGAGACUGCAUCAUUCAGACAGGUAGAGUAGAAGUUCUCAUAAUUGAUGAGGUAUUUCUCACGGAGCUUUAUAGAGAAGCAGCGGAACAUGCCAAUGUCGAAGAAUCUUAG